CUCUCUCUCUUACACACACACACACACACACACACACACACACACACACACACACAAACACACACGUCUUGCAUCUGGAACUUUUCUGUCCUGGUCUGAGCAGCCAGGUGAGGAGAGGUGAGGAGAGGAGCUGCAGUCCUUAGGAUUGGUGUUUCUGGAGGAAAGAGGAGCCUGAGACGAGUCUUCAUCAUGGAUCGGGACUUUACCAUCCUCCAAAUUGCUGUGCUCCUGCAGGUGUUGUGUCUGGCUGUGGCUCAAGUGAGUGGCCCACCUGCUGGACCUCCGGGCCCUCGCGGUCCCCCCGGCCCUUCAGGUACCCCCGGAGCCGACGGCAUUGAUGGUGAAAAAGGGCCUCCUGGGCCUCCUGGACCUCCUGGUCAGAAGGGAGAAGCAGGCCAGCCGGGCCCAGACGGUCCUCCUGGGGAUGAUGGAAUUGAUGGUUUGAUUGGAGGAAAGGGUGAAAGAGGUCCCAUUGGAAAUCCUGGACCAAAGGGACUACCAGGACCUACUGGUCCACCAGGACCACCUGGACCUGGGCUUCUUGGACUUUCUGGGCCACCAGGUCAGAUCGGUUUUCCCGGGGAAAUUGGACUCCCUGGACCCAAGGGAGUUAUAGGACUUCCUGGACCACCAGGUUUGCCAGGACCUUCAGGGAAACCUGGGCCGCCUGGGAAGUUCUUGGGUUUAGAAGAAGGCAGCGCUGAUUUCCAGUGCCCAACUAACUGUCCACCUGGGCCUAAAGGUCCUCAAGGCCUUCAGGGCAUGAAGGGUCACAAAGGUCGUGCUGGUAUACUGGGAGCUCCAGGAAGUAUUGGAAAGACGGGCACAAAGGGAGAUGUUGGGAUCUCUGGUGAGCAAGGAAUACCAGGCCCUCCAGGUCCACAGGGGCUGAGAGGCUAUCCAGGAAUGGUUGGGCGUAAAGGAGAGAUGGGCCCUCAAGGUUACAAAGGUAUUCUUGGACCCAUUGGACUUCCUGGGACCCCUGGUAAAGAGGGACCCCGAGGUCCUCCUGGAGAUGCUGGGGACAAAGGUGAUAUGGGUGACCAAGGCAUCAGAGGACUACAGGGAGCAGUGGGAAAGAAGGGAGAGAAUGGUGUCCCAGGCAUUGAUGGCAAAGAUGGUAACCCUGGCAUUCCAGGAAUAAAGGGUGCUCCAGGCCAGAAUGGAAGACCUGGUCCACCUGGACACCAGGGGGCAGCAGGUUUGCCUGGAAGCCCUGGGACCAACGGUGGUGUGGGUGCUAAGGGUGAGCCAGGACCCAGGGGGUUGGUAGGAAUGCCUGGUGCUCCAGGUCCUCAGGGUGAGCCAGGGCCACCAGGUGAAGUUGGUAUGGUAGGAGUUCCUGGGCCAAAGGGUGACAGGGGUGAGAGAGGACCUGUUGGACCUCUGGGAAUAGUUGGCAAACCUGGAAAUAAAGGAGAAAGAGGGCCAAUCGGUCUUCCAGGACCUCAAGGUCUUACUGGAACCAAAGGCGACAAGGGAUUCCAAGGCAAAGUGGGACCAAAGGGAGACUUUGGCGAUCCAGGGGUAGAGGGAUUGGCUGGAGAAAAGGGAGAAAAGGGACUGUCUGGUGAACCCGGCCCCAAAGGACAGCAAGGAGUGAGGGGUGAUCAAGGAUACAAUGGCCCUACAGGCGAUCCCGGAAAACCUGGAGAACCGGGUCCGCCAGGUCUUCCUGGACCUCGAGGCAUCCAUGGAGUGAGAGGUGCGCCAGGCAUGCCAGGAAUACAGGGAACAGCUGGUCAUGAUGCCUCAGAUGAACACAUUAUCGAGGUGGUCUUGAAGAUGCUACAGGAAAGAUUAGCAGCUUUAGCAGUGAGCUCUAAUAGGGGACCACUAGGAGGAGCUGGAGUAAUGGGACCACCAGGUCCUCCAGGACCUCCCGGAUCUCCAGGUCCUCGGGGAGCCAUUGGCAAUACUGGUACCCGAGGGAUCCCAGGCAUGAUUGGAGCUGCAGGCCAAAUCGGGAAUACUGGCCUGAAAGGAAGAAGAGGUGCAAAGGGAGAGAGAGGAGACCCUGGUCGCCCUCAUCCAGGUCUACAUGGGCCACCUGGCCUACCAGGUCCUCCUGGUCUGGAUGGAGUUGCACGGGAUGGCAAGCCGGGAGAAAGAGGUCCACAGGGUGUAGCGGGUCAACCCGGUCAUCCCGGAAAAGCCGGUCCUCCUGGCCUCCCUGGCUUCUGUGAAAUGGCAGCAUGCCUGGCAGCGUCGGCUUAUACUUCCCCACGACUCCAGGAAGCUGGCACAGUCAAGGGACCGUCCACUUAGAGCCUUAAAACAUCAGACAUAUAAGAAGAGAGACACACAGCCCUUUCUUUCAUGGGACAUCAGCAUGGUGCAACGGUCCUGAGUGGCUGACUUUGCAGUUUAGUUUGACAUUUUGCGUGUGUGUGUUUGUGUGUGUGUAUGAAAGAGUGGGGACUAGGGUUCAUCAAAACUGUAAUCUAGGCUCGGCGCCGUCCCACCAUGAGUGCAAUGAGAUGUGAAAAUGUCAUCAUUAAGACAUCGGGAUGACAAUCAGAUCCUUGGGAAGCCUUAACUCAGAGACUGAAAUCCAAUCCCUGGUGUUGUUUCUUUUUUGUAGUGUUCACUACAUAUGUUGUUAAUGAUAAGAAUCUAAGAAUUUUACUUUAUAUAAUAAAACAGGACAUGGCCAAGAUUUCACCUCAAUGUUUACCAAAAUUAAUAAUAAUAAUAAUUAAAAAAUCCCAUAACAAUAGUGUUUAAUUUUGUAACUUAUUGUUAAUUACCUUAUGGAAUGCCUUUAAGCUUAUAGUUGCUGUGUACAUUACGCCCCUCUGUAUUAGCCUAGAAAUAAACAACCUAUACUACUCUUUGCCCAUCCAACAGUACUGUAAAUCUCUGUAAAUGAUGCAAGUGUGCUAAUUUUGUACUAAUAUGAAUUGGGUGGGUUUACAAUAUGGACAGGAACCUAAACUUAAUAUAGUCAGCAUUCAAAAGAACUGAUUAUUUUCAAUAAAACACCCUAUUUAUUUGGUUCAUCUGUAAACACAUUCUUGUUUCAUGGUCCAUUCGAAUGAAUAAAGAGGUAACUUUUGUAAGACUGAAUGUUCUUCGGCAUCUUGUGAAAGACUGAAAACAGAAAGAACCAAAAAGCAUGGCCUCAACUGCCUUCUUUAAAAAAAAAAAAGAAAGAAAAAGAAAAAAAAAAGAAGCUUUUCCUUGCACUUUCUUUACAUAUUCUUCCUGAAGAAAAUAAACAAAAUGCAUCCAUUUA